GAGAGGAUUUACUCCGGCGGAGCUGCUCAGUGUGUCACAGCCCAGCGAGGGAGAAGGGCAGGGGGAACAGAGGACGGGACCGGCUGCGGAGCCUGGCACAAGGGUUAAAAAUGACUCUCAACAAUGUUACCAUGCGUCGCACCCACAACAGCAGCCUGCACCAGCAGCAGCAGCGAUGGAGUAUCCCUGCUGAUGGAAAGAACCUGCUGGUCCAGAAAGACUCCAACGAGUACAACCCACAGAAACGAUACACCAUCAGUCCUGAUGAAUAUUACAGAAGGAGCUGGUCCUCGGAGUCAUCCGACUCCGUCAUCUCCUCCGAGUCUGGCAGCAACUGCUACCGGGUGGUGCUGAUCGGGGAGCACGGCGUGGGGAAGUCCUCCCUUGCCAACAUCUUUGCAGGGGUGCACGACAGCAUUGACAGUGACUGUGAGGUGCUGGGAGAAGACACGUAUGAAAGAACUCUGAUGGUGGAUGGGGAAAGUGCGACUGUUAUACUGCUCGACAUGUGGGAUAAUAAGCGGGAGGGAGAAUGGAUUCGAGACCACUGCAUGCAAGUGGGAGACGCCUACUUGAUCGUCUACUCCAUCACAGACCGAGCAAGCUUUGAGAAGGCCUCUGAACUCCGAAUACAGCUCCGCAGGGCGCGCCAGAAAGAAGAUAUCCCCAUUAUUUUGGUUGGCAACAAAAGUGACCUUGUCAGGUGCCGUGAAGUUUCAGUGGCAGAGGGGCGAGCCUGCGCCGUGGUGUUUGACUGCAAGUUCAUCGAGACCUCAGCAGCUGUGCAGCACAACGUGAAAGAGCUCUUCGAGGGCAUCGUGCGGCAAGUCCGGCUCCGCAGGGACAGCAAGGAAAAGAAUGAGAAGCGACUGGCGCUACAGAAACGGAGAGAGAGCAUCCCCAAGAAAGCCAGGCGGUUUUGGGGCAAAAUAGUUGCAAAGAACAACAAGAACAUGGCCUUCAAACUCAAGUCCAAGUCUUGCCAUGACCUAUCAGUACUUUAAGAACACUGGACUCUGCCAGAGCUUGCGGCAUUUUGCGGACAUUAUCUAACUUUGUCAUAGGACAAUCAAUCAAUCUAUAUUAGAUUGGGCUAUCAGUGACUUAGGUUCACAGUUGUGAUUGUGAUGAUAUGUGCUGGCAUAAGAACAGCACAGUGCAUGGAAAUAGCUCUUCCUUUUUUUUUUUUUUUUUUUUUUUUCUUUUUUUGCUCGUAGUUUUAAAAGAAAGGUAAAGACCAGAAUAACCCAAAAUUGUGCUGGGAACUGUUCUGGAGAACACCUGUUCUUUCUCCUCUCACCUUUGGAUAAUAGUGUAAGAACCUCAAAUGCCAUAACUUGGGAAGUGAAUACUACUGUCUUUACUCUUUCUCCUUGUUAUUAAUAUUUCUUUUUUAAAACUGUGUAAAGAAUUGAGGAACUGACUGGAGAUUGGUCCCUUGUCAGUUGACUGGUCAGGCUUGAGCACCCACAGCUGAGAAAAAAAGCAUUUUUGUAGAAUAACCACAAAGACACCUGUUUGGUAUUUUUUCUUUAUUUCGAGGAUUAGUUUCAGUGAGUUUACACAUCUCUUACUUUGAAAAUAUUUAAAGCAAAAAUCCUACAGUCAAAUUUUCCUCUCUUGUUUUCAUAUUAUGGGACUGUUUAAAAAUCAUAGUAAAAUUAAAAUUAAAGUGCAAGUUGUAUCAAAGUGCAUCAAGUGCAGGAUGCCAAACCUUUAAAAAUCACCUGAGCUUUUUUAUGCCACCACAUGGACUUCUUGUAUCCAUCCUUGGCCUUUCUCUGUGCCAGAGCUAUGCUGUAUUUAUUGUUGUGCAAAAUAACAAGCAUUUUAAUGUCGAGGGGAAAUGUAUUUAUUACCAAUUUUCUUAAGAUAAUAAUGUUAAUUUUAUUACUGUUUUCUAUCUAAUAUCUUUUUUCAGAUAUGCAAGUUUUUACUUACAUGCCUUGUAAUAAAAUAAAUAAAAUAUGUGACUGCC